GGGAAACCUUCCUGCCUGAUAAACUUUCUGAAGUCUUGUAGGUAUUUGUUGCGUCUCCCUCGACAGGACUGACAAUAAUAAUGGGAGACAAAAAGGGGUCCAGGGAGGCAAAGCAUGCUGAGGAAGAGCAAAUGAAGACCCUUCUUCAUUCUUCUCCGGUUUACCCACUGCCUGAAGAGAUUAAAAAGAUGGAGCACAGUGAGACAGUGUGCCGUUACUGCGGUGUAAGCUACCUGGUUUUCCAUGAGUUUCAUAAGCUCCGCACACAGCUGGCUCAGUUAGAGGCUGAGCUCCAAGAACUGAAGGAGACUGCCCAGAGGGAGAAGGUCCAGCAUGAAGCACUGAAGCUAACAAGGCUGGAGUGGGAGAGUGAGCUUCAGCUGCAGAUCCAGAAACAAGUUGAUGUCAGGGAGAAAAUCACCAGAGAAGAGCUGGAAAAAAGGAACCAGGACAUGACGAAAGCACUGAAAGAGGAGUUUGAAGCAGAAUAUGAGAGAAUGAGGAAAGAGAUGGAAGAGGACUAUCAGAAAAUCAUCGGAGAGAGGGAGAGACAGCUUAGAAGGGACCUGGAAGACUUGGCAUUGGUGGAACUAAGAAAGCAGAGGGAAGAGCUGGUGAAGAUCACUGAGGAGAGAGAAACCGUUCUUAGUACCGACCUUCAGAAGGCCAAAGAAAAUUCCGAGGACCUGAGAAAAAACCUUGAUCAGCUGAAAACGAGGCUGGCGACUGCAGCUGACAUGAGGGAUGAGGCAGUGGAGAAACUUGGAAAAGAAAAGCAGCAUGUUGAAACACUCAGAGGUGCGUGUGUGCGGCAGCAGCAGAUCCUCCGGAGAACUCUGACCUUGCUCCGCUUCUGUGGCUGCGGGUUCGCAGAUGUACAGGGUUUCCUUCGUCAGCUGACUGGGGCUUGGCAGGCUUUCAGGUCUCAGGUUUUGCAGCAUUGCACAGAGGUGUUCUCAGCGCUGUGCGAGAAGCUGCGGCAUUCCACUGUGGAGCUUCAGAAAAUGAGAGAAGAGAAAGAACACCUAACUCAGGAGCUGAUGGAGCAGAAGAGACAGAGGGAUGAUCAGCUGUCUCGACAUGAAGACAAUGCGAAGGAACACAGACAGAAACUGCUCAGAUUAACAGUGGAACUGGAAGAGAAAAAUGAGAAGUGGCUGUUAUGUCAACAAAGGUGUGAUGCCAUGGAGCAGCAGAUGUUGUCAUGGGAGCAGAGAAAGGAACAAUUAAACCAGAAGUGGCGUGCAGCUGGAGAGGAAGUGAUGCAAACCAGGAAAGUCCUGGAAAAGAUUCAGCAAGAAAAGAGGGAGCUGAUCAAAGAAAGAGGUAUUUUGAUUGGGUCUCAUGAUAGAGCCAUGACCAGCAUGAAGUACAACCACAGCGAAGAACUUGCCUCAAAGCUGGCCUCUGCUCUGGAAGAACAAAGAUCUCAGAGUGCUUUGCACCUACAGGGGCAGCUGAAGGAGCUUCGUAGGGAGGCUGAUCUAGAGCUGAAGAAAGAGAGGGAAAACAGCCAGAUGCUGCUUUCUCAGUGUCAACAAGAUAAUUCUCAGCUUCACCUGAAGUUAGAGGAGAGAAGGCUGGAGGUACAGUAUCUGAGAGAGGAGCUUCAGCAGGAGAAGAGAUGCAGAGAAGAUGAGAGGACACAAGAGACAGAGAGAAAGAGGAGAAAGGAGGAGAUACACCGACAGGAGUCACAAGAGCUGAGCCAAGCUAAAGCUGAACUAACUCUGAUGGCUGAGAAGAAUGCUGCACUUAAAAAAGAGGUGGUGUUACUACAGAAAAUGGUAUGGAAGGAGUGUGAGGAGAGGGAGGAGCUGACUGCUGCUCUGUCUCAAGCCCAGCAGGAGCUCUUUGGGCGCCAAUCCAUAGUGUCUCCCCAGGGCUCCUCCAGGCCUCCUUUGGACCCCCUGGAGAGACGAGCACCCCCAGGCAACAAGCUUUUUUAUCCCCAGGGUAAAGCCAGAGUGCCUCUUACCCGGUCACCAAUCUCCCCAGCCUCACUACAGCCCUUCCCUAACUGCACAGAGAAAGGCGGAGGCCUGUAUACAGGAGUAGGGGGAGCAGAGGAGAGGCUGGAGUUCAAGAAGGGUGGUGGAGUGUUGGGUGAAGCAAAAAAGAGGGAGGGGACGCUGCCUCGACUGAAACCAAGCAGCACAGCAAAUGAGGUCAAACGUAAGGUCAGAUUAAUGAUGGGAAGAAAUGCUCUAAUAAACAAUCUGGAUGAAGAAGUUCUGAAAGAUUAAACAUGUGACCUGCAAAACAUAAUA